UUUUUCUGCUUAUUGGUUUCAGCUACCUGUCUUCCUCUUCCUUGUGGCUUUCGCCUACCGCUUUAUGAGAUCAGGAAAUGGGGGAUCGUUCACGUUUUGAAGCACUAGAGGAGAACGUGGAGUCGAUGAUCGAAUUAUGUCGUGAAGCAGGGAUUAUCGUAUGUGAUUAUCAACCUAGCGUCUCUCUUCAACGAAAGGUUAAUGAUCUUGUCUCCCGGUUACAGGAGCUUGAUCGAAUGCAAGGUGACCUUCACGAUGUACAUGUGCCAAUCGAGCUAUUUUCAAAAAUUGACGCCGGACAGAACCCACAGUUGUACACUCGCGAAUUUAUGGAACAAGCACUUGCGAAAAACGAGGCGGUGCGCGGGAAGUUAGAAAGCCUUCGGAGGUUUCGUGCACUGCUUAUUGCUGAGUUGUCUCGCCAUUUUCCCAACGAGAUGGCCAAGUAUCGAGCCGUUCGUGGAGACCCCGAGGCGCCGAAUACGGCACCCGCUGGGGUGCUGUCGGGCAAUUCACAAUCCAACGGUUCCGGGACUGAGACUGGUCCGGACUCAGCAGCUACCCGAUAGCUAGAUUGUGUUACUACUUUCUCCUAUGUAAAUUGACUUCUUUUACUUGCUCUCUGUACAUACUACUUUCUUGUGCAUGCAAAAC